AUGUUGAACCCACCUCAUGACCAACCUGCUUUUUGGUCUCGUACCAAAACAAACAAGACCAUUUCUUCUUCCAAUAUAUCUUUGAAAGGAAUGAUGAACCUCUUGUUCGUCAUCCAUGUGAUGGUCGUUGCAUGUAUUAUGGCCACCAUCAUCCCAUCCACACAUGCUUUGACUCUUGAAGACGACCGAUUUGCUUCUAGUCUAGCCUCCAUUCAGGCCAUUCACGAUCACUUCUUUCAAGGCUCUUCCAAAGGUAGUGCCUCUACAGCCAUCCUCUUCCGCAAUGAAACUUUGGGAGAGAUUUUUGCAGGACAAGCCUUUGAGAAUGUUCCAAACGUGAAACCCAACAGAGAUACCAAGUACAGAAUUGCAUCAGUCACUAAAACAUUUGUAUCGGCUGCCAUGAUGGCAUUGAGAGAUGAGGGUCGUUUGGAUUUGGAUCAAUCCGUUUUGGAUUUUGUGCCAGAGUUUAAAGCCUUUCCGAAUCCUUUUGGUUUUUCGUCGAAUCUAACGUUCCGACAAUUAAGUUCUUACAUGUCGGGAUUGCCUCGAGAAGCACCUUGUGUGUUGUUUGAUUGCGACUAUACGAAUGCUCAAAUGAUCGAUCGUAUCAAGAAGAAUGGCUUGUUUUUAGUGAGGGAUGGAGAUCAUUUUCCAAUCUAUUCCAAUUUAGGAUAUUCAUUAUUGGGUCAUGGUUUGGAAAGUGCAGCAGCCAUGCCGUUCGAACAAGUCAUUACAACUCGAAUUUUGGAUCGUCUCGGAAUGAAGAAUACUGGUUUUGUCACCAAAGAUAAUUUGAACACGUUACAACUUGCAACAGGCUAUCAUCACAACACUCCCAUCUAUAGCAAUAAUAGAACCAUUUCAUGGAAUCAACCAGCUGCAGGCAUGUACAGCUCCUUGGGAGAUUUGCAACUCUAUGUGAAAAUUUUGUUGGCAGCCUUUGUUCAGACUGCAGUUGGAUUGAGUUGGGAAAUGGUCUAUUACAACAUGUUCUCAAGUUGGGCCAUUAUGAAGAGUGGACUCAUUGGUGGUUACAAUGCUCAAAUUGUCCUGUUGCCAAAAUAUGAAAUGGCAGUGAUUACAUUACUCUCCAAGGAUGACGGCGCCCAAUCUUUGGCUCUGCAAUCAGCCUUGUCCAUUGUGGCAUCGGUCAAGGACUAUUUGGAUUCAUUGAGAAUGAAGGACUUGUCAGACAAGACAUCCUCUCUCGUUCCAAAUGUUGUGACAUUUGUUGGAAAUUACAUGAGUGAGAAACAAUCAUCAUGGUCAUCAUCCUCUUCUGUAUCGAUUGCCUUAUUUAAUGCCUCGACAACACAAGUAUUGAAAAUGAAAAAUGUUUUGGGAACAGAGUUGUCAUCGACAUUCCUAAUUCCCACACCAAGUAAUGGUGGAAGUACAAAUUCUUUUCUUGUACAGCCCUAUUCUGUCCCCACAAGAUUACAAUACGAAACAGGAAUUGGAGGCAGUAGAAUUGAAUUUUCACAAGAUUUCAAGAAUUUCACAGCACUCGACAUGGGUCUACAAUUCAUGAACAAGUCAUCUGGUUCCAACACGGCACGUCGACCUAAAUCUCUUAGAUCCACACAAGCUAUUCCCGUCGUGUGCAAUUUCAUUCCAAAAGAUGUUUCCCUAAAGACUCCAAUUGCUGAUUCAUCCAUUUUGAAUUUAUUCGAUCAGCUGAAACAAGAAAUUGCCUCUUUAAUGAAACAGCAAAACUCUUCAGCUUAUUUGAAAAUCAGUUACAGAGGACAGGCUGUGUAUGAUGCUGCUUUUGGUGAUUCCAACAUUUCACAAAAUUCCAUCUUUAGAAUUGGAAGCUUGACACAACUUUUUACUGCUGCAGCCACUCUCAUUGCCAAAGAAAAAGGGAUUAUUAGUUCUUUGGAUGACCCUGUGAGUCGUUACUUCUCUGGAAUCUCCUUCCAAGAAGUUAUUUCAAAUAAUAUGUUCUCGAAUAACAUGACAUUUAGACAACUCAUGAUGCAUGCAUCAGGCUUACCAUCUGGAAUUCCAUGUGACUUGUUAAAUUGUAAUAUGAAUUGGAACAGUUACUUGCAGGAGGCUCUUUCAAAAUUUAGAAUGAUUCAGCCAUCCUAUAAUUCAAGAACUAUUUCUACAUUAGGGUAUACCAUUCUUGGAAAUGUCUUGUCUCAGUUAACGGGAACUUCACUUGAAAACUUUAUCAAGGUCAAUAUUUUGAAUCCUCUUGGAAUGUCCAAUACUGGCUUUACUUACACGACAAGUGUUAAAAAUCAACUUGUUUUAGGACGUGAUCUGAAAGGUCAAUUAUUGAGCAGUGAGGUUGACAAUUUGUACAUUCAAGAAGCUUCUGCCCAAAUGUACUCAACGACAAGUGACAUGUCCAUCUUUUUAAAUUGUCUCUCGAGUCUCAAUAGAGAAUGUCCAAUUUUAAAGAGGGAACGCUCUCGAACCUUACUCCUUCGUAAUUACCUCUCUGAUGAUCUUUCAAUGAGUACAGGCUUGGGCUCAUGGCAACACGAAUUUAAUGGUGGAUUCUGGAUUGCAUCCAAAUAUGGCACUAUUAAGGGAUACAAUUCCUAUGCUGGUGUGAAUGAUGAAAUUGAUUUAACCAUCACAUUACUCACAUCUACUGAGUAUCCAGUAGCCAACGAGUUGGUAAGAAACAAAACUCUUAUUCCACAAUUAGUCUCUGCUUUCACUUCUGCACUCAAACAACAACCUUCGUACUUGAUGGCCAAUCUUUCCAUUCCAAACUCUCGCGCCUUGAUUCAAGACAUGAUAGAUUAUGACACAACUAAUGGAUUGUUGACAUUCGCAUUUGUUGAAAGCUCAACACCUUCUCCAUCGAGUAAUCCUCCCACUUUUGCUUUGCAAAUGAUUGAUCAAAGCAGCAUGACAUUCAAGGUGACAACAUUAGGAUCGUUAUCGUGUAUGGGUAAUGUUUUGACUGGCAUUGAAGGUGCUGUUGUGAAAUUUAAUAUUGCCAAUGGAAAAGUGGAGUCAUUUUCCAUGCCUUCUCUCAAUUUCGGUAGUGAUUUCAUCAAGAUCAAGGCGAAACCAUCUACAAGCAUUUCGGGUGCAUUUGUGCAGAGAGGAAUGAGUUUAAUGUCAUUACUUGUGUUGCUGUUUUGCUCCGUAUUUUUGUUGUAA